AUGCCGCCUCGUCCCCUUGAGCCUGGCACUGCAGUGGAGGCUCCUGACCGCCUCCUUCUCCUCUUGUCCGCUUCCUCUUCUUCUGUGUCACAGUGUAAGGGGACGGAGGAGGAAGAAUGGCCGUUAUGGAGAUCCAAGCUGGAGAUCUUCAGGUUCCCCUCCGCUGCUGGUCUUCAGAGGCCAUCAUUUACAUCUUCCUCUCUUGACUUUGCAGCCGGUCCUUCCGGUCUGAGGUCGGCACACCUGGUCUUACCCAAGCAGCGCUCCCCCUCUCCGCCUUCCUUCGGAGACGACGGCCGUGGCGGCAGAAGAGUGCACGUGUCUUGUCCGCGCUGCCUGCAACAUGUGCACCUGGUCCAGAGACACCUGGUCCGAGGAGAGGUCUACCACCGCAGCUGCUUCAGGUGCAAGGUGUGCCGCAGCACGCUGCUGGCUGGCUUCCACGCGCCCGGGGAAGCCGCCUGCUCGGUUCUUUGCUCCGAGGAGGAGCGAGGAGGCGCGAGGAGCACCUGUGACUUGUCUCUCGGCGGCCUGGAUCUGGUCGGCGGCCCUCAGGGCACGGAGGCGAGGCGGUCACGUGACAAACCGGUUGUCAAAGUGGCCGAGCAACCUGUGCCGAGCGAGACGUCCCAGUCGCCGUGCGCCAUGUUCCAGCCGGCUGGUGUCGCCCGGGCAACGGAAGAUGGACGACCAAGCGGUCUGGCAGUCAGCUUAGAGUCCGAUGAAGGGACUAAAAUGGAGGAUCUUCAUUGGGCGUCUUCAGCAGGAAGAGGAGAAAGUAAGCAGCUGGCUCAGGUGUCCCAGGCAGGCAGUCCUUCCAUGCAAGUCCAGUCCUCAGCCAGUCCAUCCCUCAUACGAAAAAGUCCGGUGAAAAGAAACCAUCCCUGGCUGAGAAUCAUCCACCCGGGACCGUGGACACAACUGCCUCCUGUUGAGAGCCCGGUACCCUUCAGACACUCCCGGUCUGGCUUGUCCUGGUACAGACCCAAAGUCCCUCCUCCCAAUCCUUUCAGCGGAGACCUGCAGGACCAUACCAAAGACGUUCUUGCCGACACUACCAGUCGGAUUGCUUCCUCGUCUUUGGAGGCCCCCGGGGAUGAUAUCGUGAUUGGGGAUCCGGUUUUGUCGAGGAGUUUUUCCCAGCCAGCUGUUAAAACACCUGGGCCUCAGGACUCGGAGGUCUGCCAAGAAAAUGAUCAUUUUGAUCGAAAAAGGGAGACGGCCAAAUCAGAGACGUGUCAGGUUGUCACACCUGGACGGGCCCCGGCUCCUGGACACGGCACACCUGGACGGGCCCCGGCUCCUGGACACGUCACACCUGGACGGGCCCCGGCUCCUGGACACGGCACACCUGGACGGGCCCCGGCUCCUGGACACGGCUUCCCACUCGUCAGAAGGAAGGUGGAGGUGGAGGUGGAGGUGGAGCAGUCUGCUCCUGCAGCACACCUGCAGGCGGAGGCAAGACGACUGAACAAGCAGCUGGAGGCGCUGGAAGAACGAGGCGUCGCCAUGGAGACCAACCUUAGAAAGUGCAAGAAUGACGAAGAGGAAGAGCAUUUGCUGAGCGAGUGGCGUGCUCUCACCCGUGAGAGGGACUCUCUGAUGCGCCGAGACACGGAGCUGGUCUACCUGAGCAAGCAAGGGAAGUUGGAGGAGAGGCAGGUGGAGGUGGAGUACCAGCUCAGAUGUCUCCUCAACAAACCAGAAAGCGUCUGGAGUGAAGAAGAUAAGAGUCGGGAGGAAAGUUUGAUGGCUGAGCUGGUCCUGAUCAUCGAGCAGAGGAACCACAUCGUCAGCGCUUUGGACCAAGACAGGCAGAGGGAGCGUGAAGAGGACGUGCUUUGGGAAGUGAUGUCCAGGAACCAAGAGUUGGAUAAAGAAGGUCUGAAAGAGCUGAAGAAGUCCAAAGGAAAGUUCAGGCCCGCCAAUGUUUUUAAAAGGCUGAACCCGAGAGUAGAACACGCCAAGGAGUCCCUCGACAAGAAGUGCUGAAGACUGCAGACAUUCAAAUAUUUGUACUACACAAAUGGAUAGAGAUGUCCGAUAAAUGCGUUAAAAUGUAAUAUCGGAAAUUAUCGGUAUCGUUUUUUUUAUUAUCAGUAUCGGUUUUUUAAUUUUUUUUAUUUUAUUUUUUAUUAAAUCAACAUAAAAAACCCAAGAUACACUUACAAUUAGUGCACCAACCCAAAAAACCUCCCUCCCCAUUUCUUUCUGUUAUCAAUAUUCUGCUUCCUACAUUAUAUAUCAAUAUACACUACCGUUCAAAAGUUUGGGGUCACAUUAAAAUGUCCUUAUUUUUCAAUGAAGAUAACUUUAAACUAGUCUUAACUUGAAAGAAAUACACUCUAUACAUUGCUAAUGUGGUAAAUGACUAUUCUAGCUGCAAAUGUCUGCUUUUUGGUGCAAUAUCUACAUAGGUGUAUAGAGGCCCAUUUCCAGCAACUAUCACUCCAGUGUUCUAAUGGUACAAUGUGUUUGCUCAUUGGCUCAGAAGGCUAAUUGAUGAUUAGAAAACCCUUGUGCAAUCAUGUUCACACAUCUGAAAACACUUUAGCUCGUUACAGAAGCUACAAAACUGACCUUCCUUUAAUCAGAUUGAGUUUCUGGAGCAUCACAUUUAUGGGGUCAAUUAAACGCUCAAAAUGGCCAGAAAAAGAGAACUUUCAUCUGAAACUCGACAGUCUAUUCUUGUUCUUAGAAAUGAAGGCUAUUCCACUAAAUUGUUUGGGUGACCCCAAACUUUUGAACGGUAGUGUAUAUCAAUACAGUCUGCAAGGGAUACAGUCCGUAAGCACACAUGAUUGUGCGUGCUGCUGCUCCACUAAUAGUACUAACCUUUAACACUUCAUUUUACUCAUUUUCAUUCAUUACUAGUUUCUAUGUAACUGUUUUUAUAUUGUUUUACUUUCUUUUUUAUUCAAGAAAAUGUUUUUAAUUUAGUUAUCUUAUUUAUUUUUUUCUUUUAAAAAGUACCUUAUCUUCACCAUACCUGGUUGUCCAAAUUAGGCAUAAUAAUGUGUUAAUUCCACGACUGCAUGUAUCGGUUGAUAUCGGUAUCGGUUGAUAUCGGUAUCGGUAAUUAAAGAGUUGGACAAUAUCGGAAUAUCGGAUAUCGGCAAAAAGCCAUUAUCGGACAUCCCUACAAAUGGAUUUAUUCUAAGAAAUAACACGCGUUGGUCCUGUUGAAUUGUAACUGAACAACGAGGAGUUUGUCUGGGUGUUUCACAGACGAGAGGACAUGUGCGUCUGUUGUUAGUAUGCAUGUUUUAUUACAGAUGUGUAAGUAAAUAAAACAAUGUGGUGAAACGGCGGAGUAAUGGGAUACUUGACAAAU